CUAAUCUGAUUGGCUCUUGCAUAUUUCCGAGCUCUCGUACUAUCUCGCGAUGCUUCAGAUCUUUCCCAGUGAGGAGCAGACCCUGAGCUGUAGUCAGUCGCUGUUGUGGCUGGGAGGCAGCACAGUCAGCCACAGUCUCUUCGGUUGAACCUUGUUUCAGCCUGAGGUAGAAGAGGACUCUUUUAAACUAACCGAAAACAACUACUUCUGGUGUCGCCUGAACAAUCUCCAGCUGUGUGCGGCAGCUUUAACUCAGGUUGUAGAGAAACUGCAAGCAGAAAACACCAGAAAAGCGAGCGGUGGAAAGACUCGGUGGUGAAUGUCGACAGGAUGUCCUGCCAGUUGACCGUUUCUUUGUGAAUGGAUUAGAGGCGAGUUGUGACCAUGCGCUGCCUGGCUGCUCGGGUGAACUACAAGACCCUCAUCGUUAUAUGCGCCCUCUUCACGCUCAUCACUGUGCUGCUGUGGAACCGCUGCUCCAGUGACACCUCCCUGCGCUUCCUGCCCCGUGCGGCUUUGGUGGUGCCAAGCCCAAAGGUGGGGGAUGCUAGCAUCAGCAGCCAGCAGCACCCUCCACAACCUCCGGAGCCCCCGCCUGUUGCCGGGGUCGUCACAGGGAUCAAGUAUGAAGAAAUCGACUGCCUGAUCAAUGAUGAAAAUACAAUCAAAGGCCGACGAGAUGGCGGGGAGAUCUACCUGCCCUUCAGCUGGAUGGAGAAAUACUUUGAGGUGUACGGCAAAGUGGUGCAGUACGACGGCUACGAGCGGUUUGAGUUCCAGCACAGCUAUUCAAAGGUCUACACGCAGCGUGAGCCCUACCACCCCGAUGGGGUCUUCAUGUCAUUUGAGGGAUACAAUGUGGAGGUCCGCGAUCGUGUGAAGUGCAUCAGUGGAGUGGAAGGCGUGCCACUGUCCACCCAGUGGGGCCCUCAGGGCUACUUCUACGCCAUCCAGAUCGCCCAGUAUGGCUUAAGCCAUUACAGCAAAAACCUGACGGAGCGCCCUCCCCACGUGGAGGUCUACGAUACCGCAGAGGACAGAGACAGCAGGGCUAGCACGGCGCCCUGGAGUGUGCCGAAAGGUUGCGGCCUCAGCCGUGUCCACGACAAGACUCGAGCUACCUCCGUGCGUCAGUUCAGUGCUCCAGAGUCCUCAGACGGCGUGUCGCUCCAGCUGGGUAACUCCAAAGAUUUCAUCCUCAGCUUAGACAUCAAGUUCGUCUCCAACGGCAGCGUGUCCGUGAUCCUGGAAACCACAGAGAAGGGCCCACCGUUCACUAUCCACUACGUGACCAGCACGCAGCUCAUCGCCUUCAAAGACCACGACAUCACGUACGGCAUCGGGCCAAGAACCACCUGGAGCACUCUGACCCGAGACCUGCUCACCGACCUCAGGAAGGGCGUCGGGCUGUCCAACACCAAGGCUGUGAAGGCCACAAAGAUCAUGCCCAGACGGGUGGUGCGAUUAGUCCUGCACGGGCGAGGCUUUGUUGACAACGUCACCAUCUCCACCACUGCCCACAUGGCAGCCUUCUUUGCCGCCAGCGACUGGCUGAUGCGCAACCAGGACGAGCGAGGCGGCUGGCCCAUCAUGGUCACCCGUAAACUGGGCGAGGGCUUCCGGCCUCUGGAGCCCGGCUGGUACUCGGCCAUGGCUCAGGGCCAGGCCAUGUCCACACUGGUGAGAGCGUACCUCCUCACCAAGGACCAGGCGUACCUCAACGCUGCCCUCAAGGCAGUCGGACCCUACAAGGUGCCUUCAGCGCAGCACGGGGUCAAAGCUGUGUUCAUGAACAAAUACGACUGGUAUGAAGAAUACCCGACAACGCCGAGCUCCUUUGUCCUCAACGGCUUCAUCUACUCCCUGCUGGGCCUCUUCGACUUGACUGAGACGGCCGGAGAGAAGCUCGGCAGGGAGGCGGGGCAGCUGUUCAGCCGCGGUAUGGAGUCGCUGAAGGCCAUGCUGCCGCUCUUCGACACCGGUUCCGGCAGCAUCUACGACCUGCGUCACUUCAUGUUGGCCACGGCGCCCAACCUGGCGCGCUGGGACUAUCACACUACACACAUUAACCAGCUGCAGCUGCUGGCAUCCAUAGACAACGCGCCCGUCUUUAAGGACGUGGUCAAACGCUGGAAAAACUACUUAAAAGGGAUUCGUGCCAAGCACAACUAGACAAACUGUGACCCACUUAGUACACAGCUGAGGAGUUGAAUUUACUCUUAAUGGAUGAUUGAAUGUGAGGCGGGGGCUCACAUUGUGUGCGUGCGUCCCAGUUUUGGUCGAGGUUCAUAAUCUAAAGGAUGAGUUUAUUCAGCUGCAGCUCUCAACACUAAAAGUUUCUCGUGUGCUCUGUUGCAGGUUUUAUAUUUUCUGCAACACUGACUGUAGCUCUUCCCUCCUGUUUUUUUCCUUGAGCUAGUGUUUGUAAUUAUGCACAGACCUAGUUUCAGAGUGUGAGUGUGUGUUCAGGAAGAACACGUCGGUGUGCGUGCGUUUGUGUGUGUGUGUGUGUGUGUAUGUGUGUGUGUGUGUGUGUGUGUGUGUGUGUGAGGUGUGUGUGUGUGUUUAAAGUAACAAUAUCUGACGUUAGAGAAAGAUGAAGCUCCUUGAAUUGUUCAAACUGAAUCACAUUCUUUGAUGCAUCCACCACAAAUCUCUCUUCCAAUUGUAUUUUUUUACCAUUUCACCCCAGAUUUGCAAAGUUUAUUCAAACAAAAAAAAAACCAACAAACAAAAAAAGAAUAUAUUAUAAAUUAUUUGCAGAAGAAUGUUGCCAAAACAAAGUAUCUUAAUAAUAUGAAAUCCAUGUUGGAUUUAAUUCCUCCACUACAAAGUUUUUCAUUUAAGUAUUUUUUUAGGUAGAUUCUGUGAGAUACAUUAAUUUGAUCAUCCCUUUACAGUAAAGCUGAUGAGUCUACUAAUUUAUGUUUUAUAGCUUCCACUUCCUUUCUGAAUCUCUUUCCCCUAAAAGAGAGAUAAAUAUUUACACAACAUUUUGAGGAUUAUGUUGUUAUGUCUUUAGUGAGCUUAACUCAUUUUUAAUAUUUUUUCCCUUUGAUAUAAAUAUCAAAUCAUGGAUUAGGUCUAUCUAAAGGGACUAUGCACUUCAAACCACCAUAUUUCAGAUGGGCUUGCAGCAGGUCUCUUAGCUGAGCUGUUGUGUAACCACAUCUGGUCAGAGUUGACUGCAUGACUGCUUCCUGAGUUGAUGUGACUGUUGUGCUUCAGGUGACACAUGUAAGACUGCAGGUCACACAACGCCACAACACGUUGUCUCUUCCCCAAGAUAAACCCAUCAGGCCUGCAACAAUCUCUUGAAAACAUCCUAAUUAAUAAUUCAUCCAAAUUAGCUGUCAGUGCUGUAGCCGCUGUAAUACUCGUACCUUUAUGGGAAGUUUUAAGAUGACAAACUGAGCUACCAUUCUGAGCUGUAAACCCAACUGAAGUCCCUCACUUAGUCACAAAACACUUAAUAAUUAAUGUGCCACUGCAGCUACAAAACGUUAGUUCAAGAGUCACUGUUGCUCUGUUUUUCUCAUUUGCACGGUUUUGGUUCAAAGCUGGAAACAGUUACAAGAGUUCAGAUUGAGUCAGUCAGCUUUUUAAAAAUAUUUCACUUUUAAUGGGUGUGUUGUCUUGUGGACACAGGUAAAUGUGCAGACAACAAAUAUGAUCCAGCUCUCAUCAUAUUAUACGGAGAUGCACGAUAUUCAUAACCUGUGGUUUAUGCACACCUGAGGGUAAGAAAGGCUCAGCUGUAGUGAGUAAAGAUGGUUGAUAUAAUAUCUCUGAUCAAACCUAAUCUAACUGACAUCACAAAACAAAGAACUGGGGCCUGUUUCAUAAAGCUAGUUUACCAAAUAAGCCAGGCCUAUUUCAGUUAGUCUGACUCAUUUAUAGUUGACUCUUCCAUAAAGCAAAUUCAACAUAGGUCAUGCUCGGUAACUGGCAAAAUCUGUCCACAAACUAGUUUUGCUUAGAUUUGCUUUAUGGAAUCAAAUCAACUGCAAAUGAGUCAGACUCACUCGAAUAAGACAGGCUUAUUUGGUAAACCCACUCAUGGAACAGGCUCCUGUUCUGACUCUUUAAAUGUUUAUUUUUUUCUAGCAAAGUAUAUCAAAAAACCUCACAAACAUGCUUUGGCUUUCAUAGAGCAAUUUGCAAAAUACACUAAUUAAAUGUUUUGACAUAUUAAGACAUUUACAAACAUUUACAUCUCAUAAGAUUUGUUGUGUUAAUACUCAGACUUUUUCCUCCUUCUGGAACAUUUGCAGGAACAUAAAUUGCAUUUUGCAGUCGUGUUGUUUUUCCUGUGAAACUGACAAACGUCUGACAUGUUUGACCCUCGAGUCAGCAUGCCGCCCUUGUUGUUCUUCUUCUCUGUUCUUAUUGGCAAAUCACAAACUGACUUUAAAGGUGCAUCGCAGCAUUGUGAUGUCAAUGAAAGCAAUUUGGCUUUGAUUUAUCAGACAAAAAUUGAUUGGCUAUAUUUUAAUUCUCAGAAUAAUGCACAAUAAGAUAAAUUAUCCAUUAUCAGCCUAUGAUGUAUCGGCCUGAUCUUACAUCCUUUAUAUUAUCAAUUAUUUCUUCAGAUGUUUGCAGGUAUUUUUAACUGUUCUUACGACAGAUGACUAAAUGACUAAAUCUCUGUCAACUCUGUCUCGUUAAAAUUUCGAUCAUUGUUUCGGAAAAUAUGAGGAAUACAACUAGAAAAGUCCAAUAAAGAGUCAUGCAGAUCAGUCUAAGUAACGGCUUCCUUCCCCCACAUAAGAAUUAUACAAAAAACAUACCCUAAACUAACAUUUGUAUUUCCAUUAAACUGUCUUUAAAUGCCAAACUUUCACUCCAAUUAAAUCCCUCCUCAUCAUUGUUAAACAUUAAAAUCGCUUUUUAUUUCUCCUGGUUUGAACAUCAGCACCAUUUGCUACAUUUUCAUUUCCAUGGCCUGCGUUUGACCUUUUUUGGAAACAGCUAUUUCUUUUAUAACUCAUACUUCGAGAUGAUAAUUGCAGGAAACAAGUGUAGGUGGUGGUAGAUGUAUGUGUUGUGUGUUCGGGGAGAAAGACAUGUGGGCAGCCGUGGCACAGCUGCGUCUCGCUAACACGUCAGUUUAUAACAUUUAAAUAGACAAUGCCAGGAGUGCUGAAGGUGGAGGUCAAUUCUCGACAAGCAUAAAGAGGCUGUCGGUCCCAGCAGGCUCUCAUUGCUCCUCUCAGUUGCUGCGGGUGCAUGAACUCAGCGUUUUUAAUCUGAGAGCUGACCUGUUGACCGCCGUACGAGGAGAAAGAAAGCUCGCCAAGACACUAACAAUUCACCCGGCUAAUAGGCCUGAGAGCCAGCACGCACACAGUACAGUCUGGGAUGAGUCAGCACUCACAAACAAAACAAAGUGGAGCCCUCAGCAUCAAUGAGGCUUUCAUCGAUCUACCUUAAAGAUUAUUAAUGGAGGAGAAUCAGGCCCGUUUGUUCUUCUCAAGGUGUUGAUGGUGGGUUUCUGUUUGGUCAUUUUCAUGUUAACUUUGAGAUGAAAACAUUUCCCCUGCUUUCAAGUUGUUGUCCUGUGAGCUAAUGAGUCUAAAUCAAAGAAGGAUUGAUUCAUUUCUGUGUAACAAGUCAAGCUUUCAUCUCAUCAUUAAUUCCUCCAAGUGCAUAUUCCUCACCUCAUAGCUUCAUCUGUCACUAAACGUGAGGAUUUACGACCAAGAAUAUUAUCUGAGGUUUCAAGAAAAAAGUGUGAUAUUUCAAGAAUUAAGUCAUAAUAUUAUGAUGCAAAUGAGGAACAAUAUUAAAAGGAAAAGGCGUCUUUAGUAGGUGACAAUAGUAAUGGUUGAAUACAGAAUAUAUAGCGAUUUUAUACUGUAUUGUACAGAUAGCUAGGGAUGGGAAUUGAUAAGAUUUUAUUGAUACCAAUGCCACUGUCAUUUCUGCUUGUCGGUCCAAUGGUUUAUUGCUUCUUUUACUGAUUCCUGGUCCGUUCUGUGUGGAACAAAAUAAGGCCUACACAGGUGGUUUUCAGCAAUUAUUAUUAUUAUUAUUAUUAUUAUAGUCUGAACACAGCUGGAUCAGACAGUUUGGAACCCAUUUUUAACUGGAGCCAGUUCUCAAUUUAUGUUCCUACUACUAGUUCAGGAAAAGCUUAAAAAUGCACAUGGAAUCCAGUCUACUCGGUUUGAUCCUGUAUAUAAUAUACAGCAUAUUGUUCUAAAAGCAAAAUUUUUUUUAUGUGAAACUAUGACUUUAUGCAGACAAUUUGACUUUUGUCUUGAAAUAUUGUGAUUUUUCUUCUCAUAAAAUUAAGCCUUUUUAUGAAAGUCCUGAAAGGCAAGAGGGGGGGAAAUGGAUCAUUCAAAUUAUUUUUCAAGUCUGAUCUAAAUAUAAAUCUCUCUGUGUUUAUGAUUUAAGAACAGCUUAACAAAAGGGGAUCUCAAUGUAAAUGGUUUUUACGUUUAUUUAAUUUUUUUUGCCAGAUGUACUUUGUGUUUAGAGUGCAUGGAGAAAUUCACAUGUAUGAACACAAAUGCUUUAAGUCCCAUUUGGAACCGAGGGCAGUGGAGCCCUUCAGCCUCUUGUGGCUGAAGUGAGUAUUACAACAACAAACACACAAAUAAAAUUCACCAGCCAAAACUUUUUUUUCCCUUUCCUUUUCUAACAUUUUUAAAAAGAUUAUCCUGGCAAAGCCUUUUUUUUAACAUUAUUUUUGGCCUAUUAUUACAUAGUACAGCUGGAGAUAGACACAAAGUGGGUUUAGUGGGGUACGACACAUUUUCAGCUCUUCUUAAGUCAUUAACAAUUUCUAUCAGACUUUAACAACAGGGCACCAGAUUUUUUUCCUGUUUCACUUGCCUCUCUGGGCUUCUGUACUUUUACCCCCUAAUUUUUUUUAAAAUUACUGUCUUUUUAUUUCUCCUCACAAUAGUUUGACUUUACUCCCAAAGUUUUAGAUUUUUUUGUAGAGGUUUAUCCUGUGGAUGGCAAGAAUUACAUUGAUGUUAUGUUUUUGAAGUUAAAAAGAUAAAAAAAAAAAAAAAAAAUCUUCCCAGAGAAGAGGUAUGAGUGCACGUUUUGAUAAUCAUUUUUUUCCCCUGCUGAUCCUUGUUUACUUCAUUUCCUGUUCCCCCCCAUCAACACUUUUCCAUUUGUUGACAUUUUCACAGGACAGGUAGAAAUGUGUAAUUUAAAUGAAACAUUCAGGA